UUGCCACGUAUGAAUUCCACAAUUUCGACAGAAAAUAAAUUAUGUUUAUAAAUAAACAAACAGUUACCUUGAAAUAAUUAUACGUUAAAAAUUAUAGACACAUCACUCUAUGCCUGGCAUACAACCUAAACUCACGUGCAUAUUUUACUAUAUAAUUUUUAAUGUUACAAUAUAAAUUCUAUUAAAACUAGUGAAUGUUUUAUAAAUAGUGUAAAUUGGCUAUUAGCUGCUAUACCAAGACCAGGGUUGCAUUUCAUACUUGACUGAUUUGCUGGCAGCGCUUUUCAUUUCGGUAGCCAAUUUAAUGAAACACAAGAUUCAUUCACACUCGUGUGUUCCCUUUCCAACCCAUGUAGAAAACAACCACUGAAAAAAUGUCAAAAUAUCUGUACAGAAAAAACAGCAAACACAUAAGACGCGAGGAAAGCGAGUAAAAAGUUUAAAAAUUGACAAUUUUUAAACAAAUUCACUUGGAAAUAUUCUAUUGGAAAUUUUGAAAAAAGUUCAACCCAUACAAGUGCAGUGAAUGCAAAUAAUUUCGCACAAUUUAAGUUAAUACAAAUUUCUAGAAAACAUCAUUCAAUUGGCGAAAUCCCAAUGAAAAAUGGAAAAAUUUUCACUUUUUUGGUGUGUAUGUGUGCUAAGCAAUGAGAGACGGUGGUGGUGUGUGUAAUUGAAAGCAACAAAAAGGUUAUAUUAUUCAAGAGCCAUAAAGAAAAGAAACCUCUAAAUAGUGAAAAUGCCAUUGAAUUGCAGUGAAUAUUCUCAAUAAGACACACGGCAAAAAGUGCGAGUGACAAACGAAAUAGAACGGCAACAUUUUAUGAAAAUCUCAAAACUGGGAUAUUUUUGUUCUUAUUGUGCUUUUUGACACUCCUUUGUGUGAAUUUUGCUCUUUCGAUUUCGUUACAAAUAAGCAAACAUAAGUAUUUUUACGCUUUUGCUUUGUUUCUGCCGUUUCGUGCCAAUUUACUCUUCCCACGUUGUACGUACAGUAACAUACGACGUCGCGAAAGUUUGAUUACUUCAUUACUUUACUUUGGCGUAUCGUUCAUUACGUUUUCUGCCGCAAAUUCGCAUUCGAAUCGCGUUCGGUGUCAUCCAUCGGUGUUUAAACUUACAAGUUUGCAUGUGUGCGGUGUGUCUCUUGUGUAGAAAAGUUAAUAACGGAGGAGACAACGGCUAUCACAACUACGAACGAAGACGACGUCGCCAACGUGAUGUUAAUGAGACCCUGUGAAGUGGCGUUGUGCUGAACGGCUGCAAUCUACCCUUGCUUCGUUCGUAGCGUAUGGGCCCGGCUGUGUUUAUCAUGCCGCUGCGAAUUACCAUAACAACACAAUAAGAAAUAAAGCAAAUAAACAACAGAAUAGCAAAACAAGGAAAAUAACCUUUCUCAAUAAGAAAACAAAAUUUAAUUUGUCUCUUGUGUUUGGUGUUCACAAAAUGACAACAAAUUGUUGACACCAAAAUGUCUAAAAGAAAUACCUAUAGUUUGGAAAGCAUUUCUCUGUGUACAUUAAAGUGUAUUGCAACUAUCCUCUAAACAAAGGAAUUGCCACGACGAACUUCCCUUUCCCAUUUACAACACAACAACAAUAACAAACUGUUGCCAUCAUGGAGUUGGAGGAACUAUCAAAUCUUAGUAAAAAUGACUUUUUACCCCUUAUACCAUCGAUAAAGCAAGAACAAUUGGAUACAAGUCUAACAGAAAUGGAUACUCAAGAUCAUUUGGGUGGUGCUGCAGGCUCCACAGCUGCAUCGACAACAUCAUCGUCGAUUGUUAAUUCAUGUGACAGUGCCGAAAAAAGGUCGGAAUCCACCUCAAAUUCAAUAUCAUCGAAUAAUUCCAAACCGAUUGCAACCAAAUGUGUAUUCUGUUCACAAACCCUGGGCAUCAAUGACCGACCCAAAUUGCUCGAAUGUUUACAUGUCACCUGUGCCCAAUGUAUGAGCACAAAAUUUUCCGAGCUGGAUCGGACAAUGCCACCAUUAAUACACUGUCCCAUGUGUAAUAUGGCCUCACAGAAUGAAUUCAUCAUCGAUAAUCAGUUUCUGAUCGAACACUGUACGGCUGGCGAAAUGUUGAGCGAUGCCAAUGACUCGUCCGGUGGCAGCAAAGCAUCGGCCAAUAUUCCCUGUAGCAGUUGUUCGGACAACAACAUUGCCACAUCGUGGUGUGUGGACUGCUCCGAAUAUAUUUGUGAUAGUUGUGUGCAAGCCCAUCAGCGACUAAAGAUCACCAAGGAUCACACGAUCAAACCCAAAGAGGAGGCUAACAGCGAACAAUCGCCCAGUUCGGCCGUCGAUAAACUACACAUGUGCAACUUGCAUCCGCAAGAGAAACUAUCGCUGUACUGUGAAACCUGUGAGAAACUAACCUGCCGCGAUUGUCAGCUAUCCGAUCAUCGUGAUCACAAGUACAAGUUUGCCCACGAGAUAGCCACAGAGACUAGACAGUCCAUAAAUUCAAUGGUUGCCGAAAUCAACUAUAAACGUUUCCUGCUCUCCUCGGCCAUGCAAGUCAUCGCCGAACGGCAAAAAGUCAUAUCGGACAAGAAGAAGGAGCUAAUCAAAGAAAUAACCGCCAUGGUGGUGACCAUAACCAACACGGUGAACAUGCGGGGCAAGCAGUUGGUGAUGCGUCUCAACGAGGUGUGUGACGGCAAGCUGAAGCUGCUUAUCGACAAACGUGACUCGUUGAUCUCGCUAUCCGACAACACCGACUAUUGCAUUGAGUUCAUCAACAAUGUCUUGGACAAGGGCAGCGAUUAUGCCAUAUUGUCGAGCAAGAAAUCGUUAGUGCGUCAUUUGCAAAAGCUCAAGUGUCAGCGUGCCGAUAUACCCAAUCCAGAUAUACCACUGCGUAUCGAUUUGCAAAUGUGUCAAAUACAACAACUACAAAAAGAAAUUUCCCGGCUUGGCAGCAUACUGGUUGAUGGCAAACCGUAUCCACCACAGCCCUCACCGCCCCCACAACAAGUGCGACAACAGCCCAGCCCCAAUAUGGCACCACCCCUAAGGCCAGGUAUGCCACCGGGUAUGCCCUCGGGCCUAUCACCGGGUGGCCCACCUCCGGGAGCAUUUGGCGGUCCCCAAAAUGGCCCUGGCCUGUAUAGCAGUAGUUCACAGCAACAGCACGUUCAUAAUAUGCAAAUGAGCCGUAACUUUGCUGGAGAGGGGCCAGGUAAGGUGCGUUAUAGUGGAAUGCCACCAACAUUGGCAAUGCAAAGACAAGGAGGACAACCCCAUGUUAGUUCAUCAACACAUCCUCAAAAUAUGGACAUCAGCCUUCGUGGCUUGCUAAAUAAUCAAGCUGCGCAAAGUCCCAACCAACCGCCUCACAUGCAACCCUUCAAUGGACCACCAAGUUAUCCUGGUGGACCACAGGGAGCACCGUCACCGCAUCAGCAAAUGGGUCCACAAAUGCGUCAGCAUUUUAUGGCAGGUCCACCGGGUCAACAUCAGCAGAAUUUUCCCCCCACGCCGCCUGGUGGACCAAGUAAUCCGAAUUUCAUGAAUAACAGUGCGGCUGCAGCAGCUGCCGCUCGAUUUCAAACCUAUCAACGUAUGUCAAGUCAUGCCCAGCAACAAGCGGCAGUGGCAGCCAUGGCCUCCAGCGGACCAGUUGGCGGUCAAAUACCCUCACCCGGACCCAUGCAAAGGCCACAAAUGCACCACUCACCCAUGCAAAAUAACAUGGGGUUUCACGGCAACCAACCCAACUACAAUCCCGGCCAUCCCCAAACAUCGCCCCAACUAAGUGGCAAUAGUGGCGGUAGUUUACACAUGGCCAAAUGGCAUAUACCUCAAUCCGCUCAAGCUUGUCCCCAACAAGGUCCUAAUUUAAUGGGGUUUGCCAACGGUCGCCAAAAUGAAAAUUUUAAAAUAUCUCUCAAAUCACCAAAUACUCUCAAGAAUACAACGCCUCCCACAUCGGCUAGUGGACCGGGCCAUGGAAUGCCGGGCGGCAGUAGUGGUUCAAGUUCGGGUGGCAAUUCUCUCAUAAAUGCUGCAUCAUUGGGUUUAAGUCCAGCCGUUUCAAUCCUGCCAAAUGUAACAUCCACAAAUCCCAAGACACCAAGUCCAAGUACACAUGAGAAUCCUAAGGAUUUCACCGAACCCAUUGAUAAAGUUCGUGAUGAUUCCAUAAAUGAUUUGAUGGCAACCAUUGCUAAAUUGGAUUCAAAUGGCGUGCAGGUACUACCAGAAGGACGUACAAAAACUACAUCGCCUCAAGUCCACAGUUCAACCGAUUUAUCCAAUACACAAGAAGUCCAUAAUAAUAAUACCAAAACUACCGAAAAAGAUGAUCCCAAUGAGGAUUGGUGUGCCGUUUGCUUGGAUGGCGGCGAAUUGAUGUGCUGUGACAAGUGUCCCAAAGUUUUCCAUCAGAAUUGCCAUAUUCCUGCUAUUUCCUCAUUGCCGGACGAGAGUGAAAGCUGGCAAUGUCUACUCUGUGUCAAUCUCAAGGAGCUGGCCAGUAAUCCGGAAAAUCUGCAAAAGAAUGCCGGUGAACUGAGCCGUUUGGAAUUGCAGAUACUGCAGCGUAUAUGCUUGGAGCUGUUUUGCCAAUAUGAACAAAGUUUACAUUUCCGUGAGCCAGAGCCACCAUCAAAUACGGCAUACUAUGAAAUUAUAUGCAAUCCAAUGUCACUGGAUGUCAUACGCACACGUCUGGAUCCCUCAAGUCCCAAUCAUUAUAAGGACAUUGCUUCAUUUAUAGCAGAUGUUCGCUUGAUUUUUAAGAAUACUUACCUAUUCUAUCAAGUGAGUAAUAUGGAGGACUCGAAGACCUAUACAAAUGCCAAAUAUUUGGAGAAUUUCUUUGAAGAACAAUUGCAUAAAUGGCUACCAAGUUAUGCAAAUAAAAAUCACAAUAACAACAAUUCCAAUGUAUUGCUAACAAAUCCCCUAACGAAUGGAGGCGGCAGUAAUGCUGCCUCAACAUCAGCAUCACCGGCGCCGGGAGCACCCUCCCCAUCGCUUGACAACAGCGGACGUAAAAGUGUUAACUCUGCCAUACUUAAUAUGAAUACCAAUAGCAAUGGCAGCACCGCAUCUUUACAUCGUUCCGGUGAUGAUAACACCGAUGAUGGGUGCAAUCCGGCGAAGAGAGCGCGUAAACAGACCGAAUAGGGUAAGAUCAUUGAAGACAAUCUAAAUAUAUUCAUGGAAAUAUUACAGAAAAUAUAGCAUUACGCCCAUUUGCAGCCGAAUGCAAAAUAACAGUAAUUAAUCUUGAAACAAAACAAACAAACACACACAAUUACAAAACCCCUUCACAAAAAGAUGUAGUGGAAAUCGAAGCAGUUCUAAAGAACAAAUAGCACAAAAAAUGAUAAGAUUUUAAAACUAUCAAAAUGACUCGAAGUUGAGGAAAUAAAAGAUGUGCGAUCGCUUAAUAAGAAAACCUUCGACACUUUUAAAUCUUAGGGAAUAAUUGUAACUCCCUUCUCAUGAAAUUAGAGAGAACUGAUUUUAACAGAGAGAAAAUACUACUUCCCAUCUAACCGAUCUGACAAACGUACUCUCAUACAAAGACAAAAAGUUAAACUUAAUUUUGAAAAAAAAAAAAUAAAACCAAACAUAUUAUAAACGAUGUGUAAACUUCAUCGCCUAAAAUUGUAUAAAAAAACCUCGUUUAAUUCAAAGAACUAAUGAACAAAAAUUAAUGAAGAAGAAAAAAAACACUAUAACAAUUUUUAUAUAUUAAUGUAAAUACACUGAAGAAAUGGAACAGAAUAGGAGACCAGAAACUCCUGUUAUCGUUUAAUAUUUAUAAGAAAAUACUACACACAAAACAAAACAUAAAUCAUAAUGAAUUUUCUAUUAGACAUGCAUACAUAUAACAUUCUUUUGUAAGCAAAAAGAAAACAAAUAUAUGCAUAUAUUGCAAGUAUUUACUGUAUUCAUUCAAUUAUAAGUUUAUACAUAAAUACAUUCAAAGUUCAUUACAAGAUUAUUUUUUUUAUUUGUGUAUGUAUCAUUUGGGGGAGACCCUUUACAUGAUGUUUCAUAUUCUUUUCUAUUAUUUAAAGAAAAAAUAUUGUGAUAGUUUUUAUAUUUAUAUUACAAAGCAAACACGAUUUAUAAUAGUCGGUUCUUAUUGAAUUAUUUUACCAUUGUCAAUUUUCGUUUUUCUUGAGGAUGUUUCCCCACUAAAAAAAAAAUAACCCAAAAUGAUUAUUAUUUUUUAUCAUCAUCAAUGUAUACGGCUAAGGCUACUAGAAGACAUUAUUUUAUAAGAAUUUAAACAAUUAAGUUUUGUUUUAUGUUAGUUAGACGCACUAUACAGAGGAUAGUGUGGUGCAUCGUGGGUUUGAAGCACAGAAAUCUCAUUUUAUAUUUCAUUUCAUUUUUUUAUUUUGUUAGUGGAAAUUUUGGAUCCAAAUGUUGUCUAACUCGCUCAAAGAGAUUAAUCAGAUAUUUUAUUGAUAACAAAGUGAAAUGUUAGUAGAUUUCUAAUUCUUUACAAAAUUGAAAUACUUGAAUUGAUUAAAAUGUGUUGGGCAUUAAGAUCAUGUCGUGUAAAUUUAUGCAUUCUUCAGAGUAUUUUUACACUUAUUCUUUGGAAAAAGUUUCACUGCUUUAAAAAGUGUCUAUAUUUAUCUUUUUUUUUUUUUAAUAAUUUUGGACAUGAUAGAAAAAUUAAGGCCUAAAGGAAAAAGAAUUCUUUCAUUAUCAACGACUCCAACAGCAUUAACAAAUAACAAAUUUAAAAAAUACAAACCUUUAUUUUAUUUAUUUUUUCUUUAAAAACACACACACGAACAUUAUAAACAUAUCUAAUGAGCGCAUUUCCUUCAUGACCUUCACGCUAAUUUCAAUUCCAUAUUUUUUUUUCGUUCUUUAUUAAUAUAUACAAAUACAAAAUCAAGCUGAAUGCAAAGCAAGAAAUAAUGAUAACAUAAUCCAAAAAUUAAAAAAGUAUUGUUGUUGUGUAAAAUAUAAAAUACAUUUCAAGUAAUAAAAAAAAAACAAUUGUAGAGAUUAACUAAGCUAUGAUAACAAAGCAUUAGAUUUUAGAGAAAUAUAUUGUGAAAACAUACAAUAUUACAACACACUCACACAGUUAUAUAAAAUAUAAUUAAAAAAACCAUUAAGUAAUUAUUAGUAUGUUUUCAAUUAGAUUAGAAAGAAAAACUCUAAUUCUAUAUUUUUCUUUCUUAUAAUAAUUAGUAUGUAGAAUUUCCAAUGUCUAAUUGUAUGUACUAUAUAUAAAUAUUGAAGAAAAAAAAACAAAACCGAAAUUAAUUUAAGCUCACAUCCUAAAUAGAAUAAACAAUAUAUAUAUAAUAAGCGGGAAGAAGUAAAUAAAAUCUAGGAAUUUCAACAGAAGACAAGAUGAAACUCAAAAUCUGAAACUCAUUAGUUUUAAAAACUAAUUGGCAAGAUGAAAUUAAAUAUUUAACUAUUAAAUAUAAAUAUAUAUGCAUAACAAUAUCUUAUAACAAAAUCAAUAAAUAAACAAAUAUUAAAAUUUCACUGAACACACAAGCAACACCACAUUCGAUUAAAAUGGUAACUAUAACCAACCAUACCACAAGUAGUAGUACCAUUCAGAUUUAGCAUAAAUUAAGUCAUUGACAAAACAAAUGUAAUGUUUUCUCCAAACAUGACAAAAUAUGUUAUUCAAAAAUAAAACAAAAUAAUAAUACUGAUCACAAUAAAGAAAAUACUAACUCUACUAUGUAAGGAGAAAUCUUAUGCAAGGAAUCGUUAAAAAAGAUUGCCACUGACGACAAGUAUAAAACCAAACAUUUUCCAACUCUUUUAUGUUAUUAUUUAAUAAAAACAGUGAUUUAAACAAAAAA